AAAACUAGGGAGGUAAACAGACACCGUCGCUUAUUUUUGACGUCACUUUUUACCCCCACCCCAAACAAGCCUCAUCGAACAGACAAACAUACAGCAGCUGAACAGAAGACUUGAAAUCGACUUGGUAGGAUCCUCUGUUGGCCAGUAAUACUUGAUCGUGGGCGGAGACUAGACAGUGGGAGACUUCUUCCAGAGAACAGCAGAGAGACUACAGAGAGACUGAACCAGAGAGAAACAAGCUUCCAGAGACUAGACACCAGACAGGACCCAGAGAGACCAGACAGAGGACAAGGAGCGACCUAAGUUAUGAAGACACAUCAGUGUGACACCUGUGGGAAGAUCCUUUCCUCAUCCAGUAGCCUCAAGCAGCACAUGAUGAUCCACACUGGAGAGAAGCCCUACAGCUGUGACCACUGUGGGAAAACCUUUAGAGACUCUUCUUGUUUCAGAGGUCACAGCAGGAUCCACACUGGGGAGAAGCCAUACAGCUGUGACCUCUGUGAUAAAACCUUUAGCCAGACAAGUACUCUCACCCUUCACCGCAGGAUCCACACUGGAGAAAAGCCCUACAUUUGUGAACUCUGUGGUCAAACCUUUAGAAAGGCAAGUAUUCUCACCCUUCACUGCAGGACCCACACAGGAGAGAAGCCCUACAGCUGUGACCUCUGUGGUAAAACCUUUAGACAAUCUUGCCAAUUAACAGUUCACAGCAGGACCCACACAGGAGAGAAGCCCUACAGAUGUGACCUCUGUGAUAAAACCUUUAGCCAGGCUAGCCAUUUAAGAUCUCACCGCAGGACACACACUGGAGAGAAGCCCUACAGCUGUGACCUCUGUGGUAAAACAUUUAGUAAAUCUAGCCAAUUAACAGCUCACAGUAGGAUCCACACUGGAGAGAAGCCCUACAGGUGUGACCACUGUGGAAAAACCUUUAGCCAGGCUGGUACACUCAGGCUUCACAGCAGGAUCCACACUGGAGAAAAGCCCUACAGUUGUGACCUCUGUGGGAAAACCUUUAGCCAGGCUGGUACUCUCAGGCUUCACUGCAGUUUCCACACUGGGAAGAAGCCCUACAGUUGUGACCUCUGUGAUAAAACCUUUAGACAUGCUAGCAAUUUAAGAUCUCACCGCAAGACCCACACUGGGGAGAAGCCCUACAGCUGUGACCUCUGUGAUAAAACCUUUAGACAAUCUGGCCAAUUAACAGUUCACAGCAGGACGCACACUGGGGAGAAGCCCUACAGCUGUGACCUCUGUGAUAAAACCUUUCGACAAUCUGGCCAAUUAAAAUCUCACAGUAGGAUCCACACUGGAGAGAAGCCCGACAGCUCUGACCUCUGUGAUAAAACCUUUAGCCAGGCAGAUACCCUCACCCUUCACAGAGGGAUCCACACUGGGAAGAACCCCUACAGCUGUGACCUCUGUGGGAAAACCUUUAGCCGGGUUGGCCGUUUAAGAUCUCACCGCAGGACCCACACUGAGGAGAAGCCCUACAGCUGUGACCUCUGUGGGAAAACCUUUAGCCAAGCUGACAGUUUAAGAUCUCACCGCAGGACCCACACUGAGGAGAAGCCCUACAGCUGUGACCUCUGUGGGAAAACCUUUAUCCGGAAGGCUAAUCUCAGCCUUCACCAUAAGAUCCACACUGGGAAGAAACCCUACAGCUGUGACCUCUGUGAUAAAACCUUUAGCCAAGCUGACAGUUUAAGAUCUCACCGCAGGACCCACACUGGGGAGAAGCCCUACAGCUGUGACCUCUGUGGGAAAACCUUUAGUCAUGCUUCCAGUUUCAGAUAUCACAGCAGGCUCCACACUGGGGAGAAGCCCUACAGCUGUGACCUCUGUGAUAAAACCUUUAGCCAUGCUUCCGGUUUCAGAGUUCACAGCAGGAUCCACACUGGAGAGAAGCCCUACAGCUGUGACCUCUGUGGUAAAACCUUUACCCAGAGUGGGGUUUUCAAAGCUCACCGCAGGACCCACACUGGAGAGAAGCCCUACAGCUGUGACUCCUGUGGGAAAACCUUUAGCCGGGCGUCCUAUUUCAGAGUUCACAGCAGGAUCCACACUGGAGAGAAGCCCUACAGCUGUGACCUCUGUGGGAAAACCUUUAUCCGGAAGACUAAUCUCAGCCGUCACCGCAAGAUCCACACAGCCACACAUGUAAGGACUUCUGUUAUGAACUAAUGUCUAGAUGUUUGUGGUGGUGUUGUGGAAUCUUAUUCUUUACUGUAUUUUUAUUAAAGGAAGGUCUGAGGUGAGAAAAACUUGUCUUUAUCUUUUGUUCUUGCAGCAAAAAGGAGUUCUAAAACAG